AUGGAUCUCCAACAAGCCAUCAGCAACCAAACCGACGUUGGACUUGAGAUAACGAAGCAUCUACUUCGAACCGAUUUCAAGGAGAAGAACAUGCCGCGGCGGAGGCAAACGGCCCCAAACUGCAUCAGUUUGUUUCUGUCCUCAAAUCCAAUUCCAGCAACCACGUACCUCAACUUCCUGGCCUACAAUCUCCUCACUUCCGUUCUGGCCGAUGCAUCCGCCGCUGGUGGGCCAUGUCUGAACUUGGCCAAUGGUCUCUGGGUGGACCGAUCUCACCAGCUCGAUGAAUCGUACGUACAGGUGGUGUGCAAUUAUUACAAAGCAGCCCUAAAGCAAGCAGAUUUUAAAUCCAACCCCGAUGGUGUAAGAAUCGAGGUGAAUUCCUGGGUCAAUCAGGAAACCAACGGCCUUAUCCCUGAGAUUCUUCCUCCAAACUCAGUCACCCCCAACACGUAUGUCAUCCUUGCAAACACCUUGUACUUCAAAGCUUCUUGGUGUCGUGACUACUUCAAUGCAUCUCGGACAAGAAACGGUGCGUUUCACCUUUUGAAUGGAAACUCAGUUUAUGGAGUACCUUACAUGACUAGCUGUUUUGGUGGUUGCCACUCCAUAAGCGCCUUUGACGGCUUUAAAGUCUUGAAUCUUGCUUACAAAGGAAGUAGUGAUUACAAGGACCAUCGAUGUUUCUCUAUGCACUUGCUUCUUCCUGAUGCAAGAGAUGGGCUGCCGGCUCUGGUCGAGAGGGUUUGUACGUUCGGAGUCUGGAUUUUUAGAUCGUCAUCUUAAAUGGAAUAUCGUUCGAGCGGGUCGCUUAUUGAUCCCAAAGUUCAAGAUCUCUUAUAGGUUUGAAGCAUCCGGUGUUUUGGAGAAACUAGGGCUGGGGGGUGUUGGUGCCAACACGAAUAUACUCCAUCAAGCCGUAAUUGAGGUUAAUGAAGAUGGCACAACUGCGGCAGCUGCUACUGUUGCCAUAUGGGUUGGCCGGGGCUUCUGCUCCGCCGCCUCAAGAGAUACAAGACUUUGUGGCCGAUCACCCAUUCAUGCUUCUCAUCAGACAAGGUGGUGGAACUGUGUUGUUCAUGGGGCAAGUGCUCAAUCCGCUUGCUGGCUGAUGAUUAUUAUUAUUUUGUUAGAAUAUAUAUAUAUGCUAUAUAUUUUCUAUUGUUUGGUUCUGCAAUCUAGUUGCUUGAUUGCUCUUCAAGCAAGUUUGAUUAGCUUUUGCGUAGGUUUUCCA